UUUGACACUGAAUUGCUAUUUCAGUAUUUGGGAAGGCCGGGGAAUCCCCUUUGAUAACACACUUCCUUGAAAAUUUCCAAACAGGAAUAUGCCUUAGAUAAUUUGUUGAUUUCCCCUGUAAAAAUGGUGAAAGAACGAAAUGCUGUGCGACCGGGACAGGAACAUGAUGACAAAACACAAACUGAAAACAUUGUGUAUUCUUCGGUGAUGAAGGCAGGAGAGGACUCGGAUGUGGAGGAGGAUGGAGAGACAGAUUUGGGCAGUUUGAGCAUCGAUGACAUCAUCAAUCACAUUGAACAACUUAAAAUCAAGGAUGAAAAGAAGGAAAUUUUCACAGCCAGAGGGAAAAUAAAAACCGAUCAAAUAAAUGAUAGAGUGUAUCCCUACCGUAACCACGGGCAGCCUCCCCACAGUCAGCUGUAUGGUGGUCAUGCCAAUCUGCCUGAAUACAAAUUUCAACCCCACUUUCAACAGCCUUGUCUCAAUUCUGAUAUCAUCACUACUCCGUCCUCAUUUCGACUGAUUACAACUCAAAAUUUUACGGAGAAACAAAAUCAGUAUGUGGAGGGAGUUGAUGAAAGAUGCCGAUUUUGGAUGAAACCAAAAGAAGAAUUACAGUACUAUCAAAAACAUGGCCACCCACUCCUUCCUCGUACAGACCCACAUAAUGGACAAUGGGUAGUUGAUGGACGUGUCCGAAAGCCAAAGAAUUUUGGCGACUCCAAACCUGUAGGAAAAGUUGUGUCGAAGAGAAUACAGAAACAAAAACAACCCAAUGAUUUAACUGUGGCUGACGGCGUGACACUUUUUCCAGAUUUUUACUGUGAGGAGGACAUGAUAGAUGGACUAGACCUGGAUGAGGACUGCUGCCCAAGGGAAAUGCACUUCUCUGAAAAAGCCUGGGAAGAUGGCAUCCCCAAGUUGGAUCUUCCGGCUCGUGAUCUCAUGGAAAUUUUCGAGAAUAGUCCAGACAGCCAUAUCUUAUCCAAAGGUGAAAACCUUGGUUACCCCCCCUUGUCACCAUUAGGGACUAUUCCAAAUUAUCAUCCAUCACCAGGUCGCAUGGACGAGGUGAUGUUUAAUCAGGACAGUAAUGACAAAGUUUCCAGUCCAGAACAGAGUCAGGACGAGUGUGAGACCACAGAGAACCAUUCCAGUCCCUACCCUCCGAGGGCUCCAUCUCCUCACAACACGGUCCAGGCUGACAUUGAAGUGUGCUCCCCAGCAGAACUCUCUCCAGGGGAGUUAAAACAGCUGGAGCAUUUCUCAGAACAUUUUAACGAUACUUUCACAAUGCUGGACAGCGACAUGUAUUUUGACUGGAUUUCCUGUGAUAUAGAUGGGGACAGUAUACUGCAUUCAUGCAUGAUCGCCAAAACGAACACUCAAUUCCUCCUGCUGCUGAUGGAGUCACUCCUUUCUGAAGGCAUCCUCUCCUCCAUUAUCAACUUACAGAACCAGAUGUUAAGGACGGCGUUGUUCCUGGCAGUUAUGGAAAAUAAUGUGGAUAUUGUCCAGUAUCUCCUGAACAACAAUGCUGACCCCAACAUACAGGGAAAGGUUCUUGGAAUAAACGACAAUUAUGAAUUAAGAUCGCCACUUCACCUAGUGGCUGAGAAGGGAGAUAAUUCAUUGCCAAUGUUGCACAUUCUGCUCGGCUGUGAAAAGACUAAGGUGGAUCUGAGAAGUGAAAGUGAUCGGAGAACAGCACUUCACCUUGCCCUUCUUUCACACUGUUUGGACAAGCCAGAGAGGUCAAAGGUUGACUGUUCCAGAACCAUUCAACUACUUGUUCAGUUUAAUGCUGAUGUGGAGCUUGCAGAAGACUGCAGCAGCAAGACACCGAUCAUCAUGGCCAUUGACACGAGGGACUACGACCUUGUCAAAACAUUUGUUAAUUGUGUUGAGCAGGAAAAGGAAAAAGACAUGAUUCGGUGUAUCCUGGAAACGUGUACCAGGGCUGGUGAUACGCCCUUACACAUUGCGGCGGGGGCAAACAUUCUCAAACCGGACAAGGUGAAACUCUUGCGGUUACUGGUAAAUCGCGGAGCCAAUACCCACAUAGAAAACAACAUCAAACAGUUACCCGAGGACAUUGCAAGUCGUGAUCUGUGGAAAGCUGCAUUCAGAUGCUGAGGAUAAAGGAUGACGAGAUAUGUGUAUCACCACCUGGUAUUGAUAAAGAACGAAGAGAUAUGUGUAUCACAACCUGGUAUUGAUAAAGGACGACGAGAUAUGUGUAUCCCCACCUGGUAUUGAUAAAGAAUGAAGAGGUAUGUGGAUCACCACCUGGU